GUACGCGUUAUGUGACUACAUUCAUCGUAAAUCAUCAAUUAGCGGAAGUGUGCCAAAAUUAAGUAUUCAUGUCAAAUUCCGAAUGAAAACAGUGAAUGAAGAGCAGGGUUUUCAACAACAAAAUCACCGGAUAGUUCAAUGGCAUUCGACAGCACCCUGAAUCCCUUGGAAACCACGAGGUUCCUGAAACGCCACGACAAAUUUGCCAAAAACAUGUUGAAAAAACUCCACUUCAACAAUAUGGAACUGGAGUCUCUCAUGAUAAUCUACCACAAACUCCAAAAAUGUCACGGCAGUUCCAAAGGUAUCACCAGAGAACAAUACCUAGACGUGCUGCACAAAGCUUUAGAUAUGACCGACGUUUACAUCAUGAACCUGGUGAUGACCGCCUUGGACCCAAAGUCCAGGAGUAGGUUCGUCACGAUGGAAACGUUUCUAAAUUCGCUUUCGUUGUUUCUGCGAGGGAAUCUGGAGGAAAAAAUUCGAUUCUGCUUCUCGGUUUACGAUUCGCACAACACCGGAGUGCUGGGAAGAGAGGUUCUCUUCAGAUUCCUCAGAUAUUCCAUUUGGUCAACGGGUGGUCCGGCAGACGCCGAAGAGAUGGUUAAAGACAUGAUAGAGAUCGUUAUGCACAAACUGGACUUGGACAGGGACGGCAGGAUUUCAUUCAACGACUACCGGAGCAGCGUCCUUAAAGAGCCCUGCUGGCUGGAAUUUUUGGGACAGUGUCUGCCGGAAAGAUGCGCUGUCUAUAAGUUCAUGAGUACGAUAACUAAAACACAUUACAGAUACUGAUGAUAGGGGGGAAAUAAUUUAUGUAAAUUAAGAAUCAAAUAUAUCAUUCAACAAAAGAAA